CAAAGAACAGUACAAGGACGUCAUGAUGGAGGAUCACCGGCCUCUCACAUCACCAGUAAAGAAGAAGAGAAGAACAUCGGAGAGAUGUCCCAGUCCUCUUCUUCCACAGAAAGGUUCAGAAGAGCAUCAUAAUGUCCCACAGGAUGAUCAGCUUGUGAAUCCGGGUGAAGAUCUGAACAAUAUUAAUCCUACAGAGACAUAUGUGAGGGGUGAUGAGCAGAGUACAGAGGACAUUCCUACAGAUAACCGUCCAGAUGACUGUACCAGGAACUUAGAGAAACAUCUGGUAUCUUCAGAUUUUGAAGUAGAUGGUUGUGGUAUCAAGCGAGAUACAUUUGAAGAGCAUGCCAAUAUGCAAGAUAUACCCUCAUCCAAUCACAGCCACAAUGAAUCAUUUGAUUAUUUUAAACAGGUCCGAUCCUCUGAUUCAUCACAGACUGUAGCACAGAAUAAAAUUAGCCGAAAAGGUGUUAAUCAAACGGCUCAUGUAAGAGGGAAGCCAUUUUCAUGUUCAGAAUGUGGAAAAUGUUUUAGAUUUAAAUCUCAGAUUGGUAUACAUGAGAGAAUUCACACUGGGGAGAAGCCAUUUUCAUGUUCAGAAUGUGGAAAAUGUUUUAGAUUUAAUUCUCAGAUUGUUAUACACAAGAGAACUCACACAGGAGAGAAGCCUUAUUCAUGUUCAGAAUGUGGGAAAUGUUUUAACGCUCAAUCAGGUCUUGUUAGUCAUCAGAGAAUUCACACAGGGGAGAAGCCAUUUUCAUGUUCAGAAUGUGGGAAAUGUUUUAAGAGUAGUUCAGUUCUUGUUGUACAUCUGAGAAAUCACACAGGGGAGAAGCCAUUUUCAUGUUCAGAAUGUGGGAAAUGUUUUAAGAGUAGUUCAGUUCUUGUUGUACAUCUGAGAAAUCACACAGGGGAGAAGCCAUUUUCAUGUUCAGAAUGUGGGAAAUGUUUUAAGGAUCAAUCAGGUCUUGUUAUUCAUCAGAGAAUUCACACAGGGGAGAAGCCAUUUUCAUGUUCAGACUGUGGUAAAUGUUUUAAGAAUCAAUCAGGUCUUGUUAAACAUCAGAGAACUCACACAGGGGAGAAGCCAUUUUCAUGUUCAGAAUGUAGGAAAUGUUUUAAGGAUCAAUCAGGUCUUGUUAGUCAUCAGAGAAUUCACACAGGGGAGAAGCCAUUUUCAUGUUCAGACUGUGGGAAACGUUUUAAGAAUAGUUCAGGUCUUGUUGUACAUCAGAGAAAUCACACAGGGGAGAAGCCAUUUUCAUGUUCAGAAUGUGGGAAAUGUUUUAAGAGUAGUUCAGUUCUUGUUGUACAUCAGAGAAAUCACACAGGGGAGAAGCCAUUUUCAUGUUCAGAAUGUGGGAAAUGUUUUAAGAAUCAAUCAGGUCUUGUUAGUCAUCAGAGAAAUCAUACAGGGGAGAAGCCAUUUUCAUGUUCAGAAUGUGGGAAAUGUUUUAGGAAUAGUUCAGGUCUUGUUGUACAUCAGAGAAAUCACACAGGGGAGAAGCCAUUUUCAUGUUCAGAAUGUGGGAAAUGUUUUAAGCAGAAAUCAAGUCUUGUUACACAUCAGAGAAAUCACACAGGGGAGAAUACUCACAUAUAAAAGAAGCCAUCUUUAUGCUUAGCCCUUUAGUGACCACUAACACAUGUUUUCUUGGUCAUCACUGUCUUUAUUGAAUCAGAUAAUCCUUUUUACAGGGAGAUAAAACAGCACCUUGAUUUCAUUUACCAGAGGUAGCUGAGAGUUUGGAGCAAGGAUUGGGACUAGAGUUGAGCGGACACCUGGAUGUUCGGGUUCGACGGAUUCGGCCGAACUUCGGAAAAAAGUUUGAGAGCCAAACUUGACCCCGAAUCCGAACCCCAUUGAAGUCAAUAGGGACCCGA